CACCACACCACACCACACCACACCACCAGUCGCCGGAAAACGCCAUGACUCGGUUCUCCACCGACGUGCUCCUCCUCCUUCUCGUCACCUCGAUCGCCGUCGAUGGCCGUGACAUGAUCAGAUUACCGUCGGAAACUUCCAGAUUCUUCUCCGGCGAUGAUAGCAACGACGGCGAUGAUGAUUCCGUGGGGACGAGAUGGGCGGUUCUUCUUGCGGGAUCUAGUGGUUACUGGAAUUACAGGCACCAGGCUGAUGUUUGUCAUGCCUAUCAACUCCUGAAGAAAGGUGGGCUUAAAGAUGAGAACAUUGUGGUUUUCAUGUAUGAUGACAUUGCUUUCAAUGAAGAAAACCCCAGGCCUGGAGUCAUCAUUAACAGCCCACAUGGUAGUGAUGUAUACAGUGGAGUGCCAAAGGAUUAUAUUGGUGACGAUGUUACUGUCAACAACUUUUUUGCCGUUAUUCUUGGAAACAAAACUGCACUUACAGGGGGCAGUGGAAAGGUUGUGGAUAGUGGUCCAAAUGACCAUAUUUUCAUAUAUUACACGGAUCAUGGGGGUCCUGGGGUGCUUGGGAUGCCUACCAGUCCUUAUAUCUAUGCAGACAAUCUGAUUGAUGUCUUGAAAAAGAAGCAUGCUUCUGGGACCUACAAAAGCUUGGUAUUUUAUCUUGAAGCUUGUGAGUCUGGGAGUAUCUUUGAGGGUCUGCUUCCUGAAGGUUUAAAUAUAUAUGCAACCACAGCAUCCAAUGCAGAAGAGAGUAGCUGGGGAACCUACUGCCCUGGAGAGUAUCCCAGUCCUCCUGUAGAAUAUGAAACCUGUUUGGGUGACUUAUAUAGUGUUGCUUGGAUGGAGGACUGUGACAUCCACAACCUGCGGACAGAAACUCUGCGGCAGCAGUAUGAACUGGUUAAAGAUAGAACUUCAAAUGACAAUUCUGCUUAUGGUUCUCAUGUCAUGCAAUAUGGCGAUCUAGGCCUUAGCGUAGACCAUAUUUUCCUGUAUAUGGGCACAAAUCCUGCAAAUGAUAACUACACUUUUGUGGAUGACAACGUCCUGCGACCAUCUUCAAGAUCAAAAGCUGUUAACCAGCGUGAUGCUGAUCUUUUACAUUUCUGGCACAAGUUCCAAAAGGCUCGAGAAGGCUCUCCCAGAAAACUUAAAGCUCAGAAGGAGCUUGUCGAGGCAAUGUCACAUAGAAUGCACAUAGACAAUAGUAUGAAUAUGAUCGGAAAGCUUUUGUUUGGAAUUGAAAAGGGUUCAGAGCUGCUUCAAACUGUGAGGCCUGCAGGGCAGCCUCUUGUUGAUGACUGGGAUUGCCUCAAAACUCUGGUGAGGACAUAUGAGACACAUUGUGGAUCACUAUCCCAAUAUGGAAUGAAGCACAUGCGCUCCAUUGCUAACAUCUGCAAUGCUGGAAUCCAGAAGGAUCAGAUGGCUGAGGCUUCAGCGCAAGCUUGCAUCACCAUUCCUUCCAGUCAUCGGAGCUCUCUUCAAAAGGGUUUCAGUGCAUGAUCGAACUAUGAUUAUGCGAUCUUAAAGACCCAACCGUUCGAUCGUCUACUAUCACAUUUUGGUCUUCUCUAUACAGAUUUACAUCAUUACUGUGGUUUGCUGCUUCUUGUUAUGAUCGAUUCAGUGCAGAUACAAGUUAGAAUCACUGCUCUACUAUAGACUGGUUGUGUAAUGAAAUUUAUAUGCUUUCACAAGUAAUGUUUCAGUGCUUGAGAUGCAAGGUUAUGAAUAUGCAUCUGACAGUGAUAUCUGUUAUGUAAAGGUAAAUGCUUCACAAUGUGUGGGACUGAGUGCCUUGGUUGUUGAAGAGAUUAGAGAUUACAUAGGGUGCAAAAUGAUUCCAGCAAUGUAAGCAGAUAUACAAUUUUACAUGUAUUAUGUAUAUAAAUGUAUGCAUAGAUCUAUAUGCCUUAUAUUUGCAUUUAA